ACGGCCCCCUCCCCUUUCCCUUCUCCUCCCAAGUUCCUCCUUCUCCAGGAUCUCCACUGGGUUCGCCUCCAACUUUCAUCAGCGACUUUCAUGCUAGUAUCUUCUUCUGCAUUUUCUUAAUUCUUUUCAUUAGAUCUUAUUCCUGGUGAAGUCAGUAGUUAACACCAACGAGAAGUUUUUAAAGCGAAGUUUUUCCCAUUCGAACAUCCAACAGAAAAAGUUCUACUUUUCCUAUCUCAAGAAAACAGAAGUCUUUACUUGAACAAGAAGUAAUUUUAUUAUAUUGUGUUGGCGCUAAAGAUUAUACAGCCUGCUUCCAGGAUGGAGCGCUUGUCCCACUAACGGAGCGGCUUCUUCUGGCUUCGGCCCGAGUCCGCUGGUCCUGCCGUGAGUGAGCAUGGGGUGCGGGCUGAGGAAGCUGGAGGACCCGGAGGACAGCAGCCCCGGGAAGAUCUACUCGAGUCUGAAGAGAGCGCAGGUGGAGACCAAGACUGACACGGCGUAUGAGUACGUGCUGCUGGAUUUCAGCCUGGAGGGCAGCCGGCCCACAGUGCAGGGCCUCUCCUCCCUCUUUGAGCUGCCCCAGGCCCUGUUGCCCUACUACACCCAGGGUUACAUGCUGGCCGCCCUGCACCCCAUCAUCCUGUCUGUGGGCCGGAGCCGCACCCUGCCCUGCAGCCUGCUGUAUCGGGCCGUUCUGGCCCGCCUGCGCUCCAGCAAGCAGGCGGUGACCCUGGAUCGGAGUGUCCCUGUGCUGAGAGCGGAGAUGUGGCCCCUCCCUGGAGAUUCCCUGACUGAGGACACGGUGCGAGCGCUCAUUGACAGGGUGAACAGCAGUGCCCAGAGCGGCGUGAGGUUCGUGGGCUCCGUGCUCCAACACGUCAGGUCCGACAUCCUCAGGAGCAAUGGGAGGAUGCCCAGCCCAAGGCGGAGCUGCCGGUCCCCCCCGAGGACCCCCCCCUGCACUCCACCUCAAGUCAGGGACCAGGAGGAGUCGGUGUAUAGCCCUGACCUCCAGCUGCUGGUGUUUUUCCACUCCUGGGCGCCAGGCUGUGCCCCCCUGGAUGCCCUGGCCUGCAGCUACCACCAGGGUGCGCUGUCCAUGCGAGUGUCACGGAAGGGCCAAGUCAUCAGUGCCUUAGAGGCUGAUUGGCUGGAGCUGACUGCUGCGUACUACCGCAAGGGCUGGUCAUUGGUGGACUCUUUUGUUUACUGGGAUAUUCCCAAAGGAGAGCCUGUCCCCAGGUCUCUGGAGGGCCUGUUUGUGUAUGAGGAGCGGAGUUCCAGUCCCCCAGCCAACGACACCAUUGUUGUGGAGCAGUGGACUGUCAUUGAGGGUGCCAACGUGAAGACUGACUACGGGCCUCUUCUGCACACGCUGGCUGAAUUCGGCUGGCAGCUCACCUGCGUGCUGCCCACUCCGAUCAUUCGCCAUGACAGUGAUGGGAAUCUGGCCACCAAGCAGGUCGUGUUUCUCCAGAGGCCGGUCAGAGCCAGAUCCACACAGCACCGCACCCAGGCUGGAUCUCCCCAGACCGAGGCCCCCAGCCUCUCUGUGGACCCAAACGACCAGUCCUUUUGCACGGCCGGCACUGGAGUGUUCCCAGUCUUUGGCGGAGGUUACCCAAGCGUCCUAUCCCAGCUGGAUGAUGGGGGUUUCGAACCGGACGAAGGGGUGGCGGAGGUCACCUGCAUGUGACCCUCCUGUCCUAACAUUCAUUUCUGGCCGCAGAUUAGGCAAGUUAGACACAAGUGGACACUUUGACCUUUCGUAAAGCCAUAUUACUGUCUUUAGAGACUUUCCUCCUUGAUGUUUAAGAUAACGCUGCAGGAGAUUGGUGCCGAUACGUUCCUGUUGCUAAAUGUGACAUUCUUGUAAUGUUCACAUAGCAGUGGAAUAACUGUGAUCAUGUGGUAUGGACUCACACAAUAUGCUGACAGAUGUGCAAGGCUUACUGGUGUCAGUGGUGUGCCCCGCCGUACUGUACGCACACUACACCCACAGCACCCCCACUGUGGCCCUGCCUGAAGCACAGAUCACUGAAGAACAUCCAGCACAGAAAGAUCAUGUGGCACAUGGGGGUGCUAUGGAACGGGUCACCCUGAAAUGUGUGCACUUCAACCUCUGCUACGUUUCAAUCUCUUCUCAUUGUUUUCAUAACCCUAAUCACACUGAUUUUGAAUGGACUAGUUACCCACAACCAGAGGUGGACAUUUCAGGUCCAGAAAGUAAAAAUCCAAACCAGGAUU